GCCAAGGCAAACUCGGGCCACCCAGGUGCUCCGAUGGGCUUGGCCCCAGCCGCCCACGUGCUCUACUCCCAGAUGAGAUUUAACCCAAAGAACCCUGAAUGGUUGAACAGAGACAGAUUUGUGCUCUCCAACGGCCAUGCGUGCGCCCUUUUGUACUCUCUCCUCCACUUGUUCGGCUACGACUUCUCUCUUGACGACUUGCGUAACUUUAGACAGUUGAACUCCAAGACCCCAGGUCACCCUGAGUUUGAAUUGCCAGGUGUCGAGGUCACCACUGGCCCAUUGGGUCAAGGUAUCUGUAACGCCAUCGGUAUGGCCAUGGCCCAGGCUCACAUCGCUGCCAGGUUCAACAAGCCAAACUUCGAAAUCUCUAAUAACUACACCUACUGUAUCUUCGGUGACGGGUGUAUGAUGGAGGGUGUUGCCUCCGAAGCCAUGUCCCUUGCCGGUCACUUGAAGUUGAACAAGUUGAUCGCCUUCUACGACGACAACCACAUCUCCAUCGACGGUAACACCAACUGCGCCUUCACCGAAGACGUCACCCAGAGAUUGGAGGCGUACGGCUGGAACGUUAUCUGGGUCAAGGAUGGUAACAACGAUAUUGAGGGUGUGGCUAAGGCUAUUGAGCAGGCCAAGAAGGUCACCGACAAGCCAACCUGUAUCAGAUUGACCACCACCAUUGGUUACGGCUCCUUGAACGAGGGCACCCAUGGUGUGCACGGUUCUCCAUUGAAGCCAGCCGACAUCAAGCAAUUGAAGGAAAAGUGGGGUUUCAACCCUGAUGAGUCCUUUGUGGUCCCACAGGAAGUCCAUGACUUGUACCAAAAGACCAUUGACUCCGGUAUUGCCGCCGAACAGGAAUGGAACGCGUUGUUCUCCAAGUACGCUGUCCAGUACCCAGAAGAGGCGGCUGAGUUGAGCAGAAGAAUCAGCGGUGAGUUUCCAGCGAACUGGACCUCCAAGUUGCCUGUCUACACCCCAGCAGACGCCGCUGUCGCCUCCAGAAAGUUGUCUGAGAUCGUCAUCGAGUCCGUCCACGACACCCUCCCAGAGUUGAUUGGUGGCUCCGCCGAUUUAACUGGCUCCAACUUGACCAGAUGGAAGGAGGCAAUCGACUUCCAGCCUCCGUCCACCGGAUUGGGUACGUACGCCGGUAGAUACAUCAGAUACGGUGUCAGAGAGCACGGGAUGGGUGCCAUCAUGAACGGUAUCUCUGCCUACGGUGCCUUCAAGACCUACGGUGGUACUUUCUUGAACUUUGUUUCCUACGCCUCCGGUGCCUUAAGAUUGUCUGCCCUCUCUGGCCACCCAGUCAUCUGGGUCGCCACCCACGACUCCAUUGGUUUGGGUGAGGACGGUCCAACCCACCAGCCUAUCGAGACCUUGGCCCAUUUCAGAGCUCUUCCGAACUGCAUGGUCUGGAGACCGGCUGACGGUAAUGAGACUUCUGCAGCCUAUAAGCAGGCCUUGGAAUCCAAGCACACCCCGUCGGUGAUUGCCUUGUCCAGACAGAACUUGCCACAGUUGGAAGGUUCUUCCAUCGCCAAGGCCUCUAGAGGUGGUUACACCUUGGUCGAGAAGGCCGAUGCCGACAUCAUCCUUAUUUCCACUGGUUCCGAAGUGUCUUUGGCUGUGGAAGCCUCUAAGUUCUUGGAGGAAACCAAGGGUAUCAAGGCCGGCGUUGUCUCCUUGCCAGACUUCCACACCUUCGACCAGCAGUCUCAUGACUACAGAUUGUCUGUUCUCCCAGAUGGUGUCCCAAUCUUGUCCAUCGAAGUCAUGUCCACCUCCGGUUGGGCCAAGUACUCUCACCAACAGUUUGGUUUGGACAGAUUCGGUGCCUCCGGUCCAGCUCCAAAGGUCUACGACUUCUUCGAGUUCAACAAAGAGGGUGUUGCUUCCAGAGCCGAGAAGACUGUUGCUUUCUACAAGGGUAAGCACGUUUCUUCUCCUUUGAACAAGGCUUUCUAAGCCGCGCCCGUUCCCUGG